UCUGCGGGAAACGGAGAAUCUGCGAGUGUCAGUGCAAUUCGCGACGCGAUGCCCUUCGCUCCCCCGGUCCGUGCUUAAGGGGUGGUGAGAUCGAGGGCUCGCCGACUACUCCCGUCGUCGUGUCGUCGUCAAGAGCAACGGGGAGAUUACCCUCUGUGCGCGACAAGUUCCAAGGGAAUCAAAGUCUUCAUUCAUGUAAAGCUACGGGCGAUACAAUCCGGAGUAGUCGUGACGACGAAGCAAGUAAUCGCGCGAUCAGUCCGUCGUUCCCUACGGGAAAUGACGGACAAAUGUGUUAGAUGUGAGUGACAAUUAAUAGGAUUAAAUUCAUUCAUCUUCCAAAAGAAUACGUUGAUAAAUUCGGGGGCUUUUUGUUAUCGGUCGAUGAACCGGAUAUCAAUUGUUAUUUGCAAUAAUCGUGCGGAUCGAUACGAUACUCUGAUACGUGCUCGCGCGAGUUCUCCGAGUCGGUACGUCGGUGGUUUUCACGGUGAGAUUGAAAAUUAUGCAAACAUAAUUUCCGACAUCGUGCAAUCCGCCCCGAAGUAACCCCCGGCGUGGCGACGUCCGAUCGUGCGUUCGCCAUUAUCGGAAAACAGCGGCGAGGUGCUCGAAGUAAAUUUAAGAUACGACGCAUCUCUUUCCCGCAACCCGUCCUCUACCCCCCCGUGUCGUGCCUACCAGCCCCGCAACCAACUCUCUUUCGCUCCCUUUCGUUUUCUGUUCGGCAACUUCUCGCGUAACUUUCCGCUUAAAUUGCGUUAGAAACUCGAUUUGCGACGUGCGAUAAUAAUGAUUGAAAAGUUUGGCAACAAUUGAUGAUUAAAUAUAAAAUACAACACACAUACACACAUACAUUUUCAACUUUUAUCAUCUACUUUUUCUCUAAUGUGUGUUCCUCUAUUCGAGGUCGUCCUACUGUUGAAACUUUAAUAUCAUAAAAUUAAUCAAAGCCGUGAAACAAUAACGUUCAUCAUUUUUUUACUUUUAAUGUCAAUAAUCAUAAAUACAUUAUGCUGAGAAAUAAAAUAUUUUAAAUAUGAAAUAAUAUAUCCAUUGGCCUUUUGUGUCAUGUGAUGGAAUUCUGUCAACUCAAUAAUCUUCUUCUCGCAUCCCGCGCGUUUCACAGUUUCAAUGGAAGUUGCCGACCAAAUUGCAUUCAGAAUUCUGUGGGGAUAAUAAUAAUGAUCGGAAGCUCUUAUAGCAAUUAUAAACGCGGGAACUUAGCGUGGGUGAAAGUUCGUCGCCCGUUCGCAUUCUGUUAUCAGAAUUCCGAUUCCAGGAACAAACGAGGAGUGACAAUUAAAUAUGUCUGCCCUGCCUCAGUUCAACUCGUAUUUGUUCGCAAAUUGGUAUCUAAUGGCACAUCUGGAAAUGUUAUUGCUAAAAAUGCUAUUUAAUUUAGAAACGCCUACAAUUUUCAAAGCAGCCGAAGGAGAUUCAUGUCAUAUUUUCAAAAAAACAUAAAUCAUAAUUUUUUUUUAAUAAACGCAAAAAAUAAUUAGAAAACUACGAUAAACUCGGAGCUAAUGAGAGACAAUUAAAAUUGAUAUUUUAAAAUCGAAUACAAAUCGUGACUGUUAAUCCCGAUAUAAUUACGUAAGACUGAAACGUGCUGUUCACGAUUGGAAGUAUUAGUCCAUGGCGGACAACUUCGAGAGAAGCAAAAGGAUCAUUAAAAGCGCAUAAUGGAUCAUACUGGAUAGAUACUAAUUGAUAAAAUAUUAGCGGAAUUCAGUGUAAAUGUAUAUAUGACGAGAACGUGAUUAAUUAAUCAACGGGGGACGCACGCAAAAGCUGGCAUUGUCGAACGGUGCGCGUAUGGACGAAAUUUAACGACGGGAUCUCGUAUCGGCAGAAAAAAGCUUUUUGAUCUGAGCAAAGUCAUUGAAGGAUUUACGAAGUAGAAGAGUAUAGAGGUCUACAUGAGUCUAAUUUCACCGGGAAGCGAAGAAGACCCGGAGUCCGGCAGAUAGAUCCGAAGGGGAGAAAAAAGGCGGAAAAUAGUGGAAACGGUCUGGCACAUGUUACGAACGUAAAAAAAAAAAAAAGAAAGGGUAGAGCGAGCAGCGAGAGUGUAAAGAAGGCCGUUACUCUCGCGAUCGCCGUCGGUAGAGGCGAUGAUUGUGUCUUCAUGUUAUACCCGAAGGAACGGAGUAAUACGUUCCGAGAAGAAGGAACGUGAAGUAUAGGGUGUAUAAAUCAGGACUCGCGCAGAAAUGAAGAUUCUGUCCGGGAAGAGGAAUAACGGCAGCGGGAGUGCAAAAUUUUACGCGACAUAAAGUCCUUUUGUUCAAUGACGCGGAAAAAGUGCGUCUGAUAAACAACGGCGGGCCGUGCUGUUCCUUUUAUUCUAAAUUUCCAUAUCUGUCGCUAACGGCGGUAUACGUGUUAAUUUCGAGUCGAGCACCAAUUAUAACGGAGGCGCGUGAUCGCGCUUAAUUAAUUAAUUUCGUCGUACCGUUGUACUCGACCAUGACCCAGAAUUCGUGAGAUUAAUUACCCACGAACCGCUUCACUCUUUCCGUUCGAUCAUCAGCACAUCUGAUAUCUUCUCCCGUCGGCUCUUUGAAAUUAAUAUCGCUGUUGAACCUUCAUCCCUCGACAAUCCAUUCGCAUUUCGAUCCUUCGCGCCUGUUAAUACGCAGGCUUGAUUUAAUGAAAUUCCCCUGUUGAAAGCUCUUUGAUUGAAUCGCGUAUAAAUAUUAUGUGUGUAGAAAUUGCGCGCAGCAGCGUAUUCUUGUAAUUUCCUUCGAGCUACCACCCGUCCGGGGGACUCGCAAUGAUAUGAAAAUACCAGCUAUUUAGGCGCGACGGAAUGUCAGUAAAGCUACGACGGGUAUCGAGAGUUUCGUUCGAUUGCGUAGAUAUUCACCGGCUGUGACGUAUUGUUGUGCUCGGACGGGAGAAAAAGGGGGAGGGAAAGUGGAACGCGUGCGGAAGAAACGGGCGUAGCGAACAAAAACGGAGCGGAGGCAUGUCGAAGAAGAUGAUAUCGCGACGAAGAACUGAUUGAAACGAGAGUGGAAAAAAAAAUGACAACUAUCGAGGCCGUUAGUGAAAUGAGUGCGGUACGCCGGGCGGUAUGGUUCAGCGCCGUGUUGUUCGCAGCGACACCCUUGGCCUACACUCAAGUGACAUGGACGCCGAUCUACGUCGGGGGAUACAGUCAAGUUGACCUUUGGACACAGAGCACCACCGGCUGCGCUUGCAGCUUUAACACAUCCAGCAACGAUUGCGCUUGUUGCGUACCAUCGGGCGGCUGCAGCUGUGGCGCAGCUUCGCCUGAUAGAUGCGCUCAAUGCGGCCUGGAGCAGCAUUGCGCCAAUAUGUGCAACAUAACGUUGGACAGCAGGCAGCUGUUCAGCAAAUCGGAUCGUGGCUUCGGGCAAAUAAAGUCACCGUAUCUUCAAGGGCCCUCGAGGUGUACAUACAGAUUCGUGCCGGAUACUGGGCAGCGGGUCGAGCUGCAGAUAUAUCGACUUGUGUCCAUCGGCAAGCACAACGGCACCGCGUGCGAGGGCGGGUGGCUUCAGCUCGAGGGCAGUGCUCGCGUUUGUGGUCGGAACCAACGCUUCGACCGACCGGUUGUUCUCUUCUCGGACAAGUCAGUCGCGACUCUACAUAUGCAGAUAAACGAGAACACAACACGGUCUCAGUUCCUGGCCUACUUCAGCUUCUCGUCCAAAGCGAGCACGUCUGUCGGCUGGCCGGUGAGGGGCGGACAUCCGGUUAACAAUACGGAAUGUGACUCAGUGUACGAAGACAUGGACUGCCACGACGGAUGCGUUUUAGCCAGCCCUGGAUAUCCUGGGCUGUAUCCGCCAAACAUCCGCUGUCGGUAUCUGAUCACCUCUGGUCCACGGAUUUCGAUCGCCAUCAACUUCACGGCCGUGCUUCUUCCGUACAACCACUGCACCAGCGACUACAUCGCCGUCUACUCGGGCCCGACCACGUCGAGCCCAUUGCUGAAGAUGCUUUGCGGGAAAGAAAAGACGGAGCUGAAAUACGAUGGUCAAGAACUCCUUGUCGAGUUCAGAACUGGUCCCGAAGUGUCGCCUUUCGAUUAUAACGGCUUCGUUGCAACGCUGAAUUUUAUCGAAGUGACGACGGAAGCUCCCACGACGGUCGCUACUGACAGCACGAAUAAAAGUCUCGAAUUGAUGAAGUCGAACAGCUACAACAACCGCGACCUCCACGAUCAUCGCAAAGACCAAGGCACCGUGACCAGCAGCUGCGACCUCGAGGUGAGCGGCGAGAAGGUCCGGGCGGGUCACCACGACACCAGGGGCAAGCCCAAGUCCACGACGUGCAGGCUCGUGCUGCGUGGCCGCGCUUAUGACACCGGACACGUUUCUCUAGCCAGCUACAACCUCAGCGCACAGUCCUGCCAGUCGACGAUCGAGAUAUUCGACGGUUCGCUCGAGGACGGAAUGUUGGAUACCGCCAACUCCUUGGAGAGGAUCUGCAGCCCGGCGCAGUGGCUCCCACGGGAACUCGCGAGUCAGGAUAAGUACACGGAGCCGAAACGAUACUCGUCCAACGGCCGAGACAUGACGGUGGUUUUAAGGCGCGCCUCCAACAGCCCCACCGACGAGGAGUAUAUGGAGGUCUCGUACUACUUUCACGACGAACGUGAGGGUGGCACUCAGCAACCGGCCAGCGUAUGCGACGUCGAAUAUUACGGGCUGACGUCGCCGGUGGAGGGUUCGGUGGUGCAUCCGGAACCGCAUCGGCUGUUCGCCAUGGAAGGCCCAGUGAAAUGCAGGCAGCACUUUAUACCGGCGCCCAAUCAGUCGGUGGUCAUUACCGUGAAGGGUAGCACGAAGCAGACGCCGAACAACCCGUGCGAGACCAAGUGCGGCGACAGCGGCUGCCACUGCGUCAGCAAGUCCCUGGAGAGCAUGGACCACCUCCUGCUCGUCUCCGAGACCGGACACAUUGUCACCUGUCUCUGCGGGAAUUACCAGGACUGGCUUCCGGUAGGCAUCCGCAGCUGGACCCCGGUCUACAUCGAGUGGUCGAGGUCGUCGAGGGCCGGCCUGAAUUUCCACGCGGCCUACAAGUUUAUCAAUGACACUUACUGCGGCGAUCACACAACGACGGAGCCGGAAGGCGAGGUCAAUGGCGGUGAUCUGGCAAGCGCCGGGCUCAAGCUGAAUCAGUAUUACCAGCAGAAGUGUACCUGGAUUCUGGACUCGCCGAUCGACCGGCAACUCGUCAUCGAAGUCAAAUCCACUCAAAGCCGGCCCUGCACGGCGUGGAACCUGACGAUACACGAGUACAGGAAGAACGGCGACCCCGCCGGACCCAGACUGCACACGUUCUGCUCGAGAGACACGCACAAGAAUUUCACACUGCCGUGGAAGAUGAAUACCGCGGUGGUUAGGCUGCAGGCCCUCGGGAGGACGGCCCCGCAGUACACGAUGAGAUGGCGAAGUCAGACGGUGAUCGCCAACACUCGCAAAAGCGGACCAUCGCCAGCCCCGAACUGGCACGGAGUGGGCUCCUCGAGUAACGCCGAGCCGCGUGGGACAGCGCUCAUUCUCGUCCUCGUGUUCGCGAUUCUACUCGCGCGCCCGUUCGAUUGUUGAGACUGUUAAAACUCGGGGGAAGAGCGCGUUAAUGCACACACUCACACACACACACACACACACACACACACACACACACACACACACACGUUCCUGUUAAUCGAAAACCGCGAGACUCACGUUACUUGUCUCACGCGUGUACAUAAACGAUGAGGACUCGCGCCAGUCCUCGAUUUUACGUCGCUCGAUGUGAGAUGUUUUAAAAAAGGACGACACACAUCCCAGCACCCCUCUUCGAUCGGCGUUCGAGAUUUCGCGAUCUGGCUCAUUAAUUCCCCGGCUGCGUAAUUAUCACGCGAGAGAAAUAUUUUAGGGAGGAGGACGCGUUGAGCGACGCAGGAAAUUUUAACUGAUCUCUGUUAUAUUUUUCACUCACAGUGUACGCUCUGAUCUUGCGCGGUGCGAAUGGAGAAUUAACGAGCCAGAAUUUACCAGAAUUCUUCGCGAUCGAAUCAUAUACAUAUACAUAUUAUACAUUCAUGUACGUCGGAAUUAAAGAGAGUGAUGAUCAGCACGUUUAAUAAGCGAUUUUAGUUCGCACAGCCGACUGUCACUCGAUCUAAAGAAAUGGAUCUGUAAAGUCUUUAGAUCGUCCACUCCUCAUCCGAUUAAUUUGAAACUUUUUAUAUUCUCUAUGCAAAUAAAUAAUGAAAGUUGUUUCAAGACAUUUCAUUGUUCUACACCUCACAUUUAACCGUUAUCUUAUUAGACUGCAAUAAAAUAUUAUUCUUUAAUAUUGUUCUUUAAUUUAUGCUUUAAAUUUUAGGUAUGUUCUAUAUAUUUAAUAUAUUUCAUUUACUUCUUUCUCACUUAUAUUUUUCAUCUUUUUACUUUUAAUUAAAAUGUUUAUUUUUUAAAUAAAACGUUACUCUUUAAUAUAGAAGUCCGUUAUAUUUUGCAAUAUGUUUGUAUAGACUAGCUGUGUGUGGAUUUUUAUUAAAGUUAUGUGAUUAUAUUAAAAUCGCGAUUUUUCUGAUCAUGCCUGAAACUAUCGCGUAUCAUUUUUCAUUAAUUUUCGCAAUUUUCACAAAUUUCGGACUUCUAAUUGAAGCAUAUUGAUGCCAACAAAAUGGCAUGUGUAUAUAUUAUAUAUAAAGCAGAUUAACAUGCAAGAACGCGAUGCACGGAUUUGAAGUAGUGAAAAUCACACGAGUCACCUCUCUCACGCGAAUGCCAAAUUACACGUGUAAGAGAUUACAACCAACGGUAACGACAUGUGUACAUAGGUAGUGGCGUUAAUAGAAUUUGUACAGAACACGAUUAAUUGUCUACCAUAAGUCUGCGGAUUAUACUGUAAAGUAACGAUAAAAUAAGUAAUCUUACGCGGCUCCGAAGGAAGAGAGAAUGUAUUUUAACGAACGAGCUUCGUCGUGCCAUGAGGUACUACGCGAUUUAUUGUUAUACGUUUGUCAGCCGAACGGAAUACCCUCAUCUUGUUAUUAUCGAUCUACCUUUCUCCCCUCCCCUUUUCUUCUCCAUCCCAUUCUGUCUCCCUCUUUCUCUCUCGAGGGAUCCACAAUUAAAGAUUUACAUUAAACAUCUGUUUUCCAAAUGUUUCACGGAGAUAGGAUGCGCCGAUUCGCUGACAAACUCAUGAUUGAAGUUAUUAUUGAAGUAAAAAAGAAACAGAAAUAAAUGCUAGGUCGUAAAUAUUUAAUGUACGCAAUUCACCAAAAUGCCAGCCAGUAGAACCAAAUCGCAAAUCGAUACUUCGAUUAAACGACAAUGCGAGAAUAUUUUUACGAUUUUCCAUUGAUUUUAUAAUCCACGAUAGAUUGUCGUUUUUUUAUAUCUAACUGUAACGCGUAAUAUAAUGUAACGUUAUGGCCUAAGUAUAAUCAUACUAGUCAUUGCAUUCCUUGAAAGGAUUUUAUAUCUCAAAUGCGAUAUAAAGAUGUUUUAUAUUAUGUUCGGACGUAUCGUUAUUAACAAAUUUCAAUUUUUAUAGCCAUAUACAUGAUUUGGUUAAAAAAUCGAUUUGUUUUGUUUUUAAUCGAAGUUACAUUUUACUUUCCCAGAAAGUAGCUCGCAAAUGUAAUAAUUUAUUAUAAACUGAUUACUGAUACAUUAUGCUUCAUAUCAGGACUUUUGUCUAAGGAUUUCAAUGUUUUCUGCUGUAACAGAUCUAAUUACUCUUAUACACCAUUAUUAAACGAAUUGAAUUAGCGAUAUAAUGCAGAAAAAGGUACUCAUAUUGCGAUACGUUAUGUUAUAAUUUAUUAGAUAAACUACGUCGAAGAAACCUCGUCAAAACAUAUAUGAAAGUCCGUAUCUACUUAAUUAUCGCAAAUUUUCCUGAAUGAGAUUGAAAAGUCGAGGCACAGCAAUAGAUAAUAAUUGACACAAAAAGCGUAGAUGUGAGGGAAAUAUUGAAAAAUUAAUUUCCCAGAUAGAAGUAUGACUCCACACGUCUUUGUGUUCAUGCAACAUUCUUACCUAGAAAUUGCGUUCAACGUUAUCACUGCGCAUUUAUGCAAUAGCUGGCUUUUCAUCUGAAAAGCAUACCGAUUUUACACAAACAUGCGACCUACGAAAGAAAAAUACGUGUUACAUGUACAUGUACUAGCCGCGUAUAUAUAUAAAUAUAAGUCACAAUAAAUAGUCAAUUGUUUCAUAUAAAGUCUAAAUAAAGUAAAAUAAAACACUAAUUGUCCUUCUA